CAUGUCUGAUACCCUACAGGUAAUUCCCAGAUGGGGGCCACCAUAGUGGACGCCCUGGACACACUCUUCAUCAUGGGCCUCCACGACGAGUUCAAGGACGGCCAGGAGUGGAUCGUGCAGAACCUCGACUUCGGCGUGAAUGCUGAGGUGUCCGUGUUCGAGGUCAACAUCCGCUUCAUCGGAGGACUGUUGGCCGCAUACUAUCUGUCUGGACAGGAGGUGUUUAAGGUGAAGGCCGUCCAGCUGGCGGAGAAGCUGCUCCCUGCAUUCAACACUCCCACAGGGAUCCCGUGGGCCAUGGUCAACCUCAAGAGUGGAGUGGGCCGUAACUGGGGCUGGGCGUCUGCUGGGAGCAGUAUCCUGGCUGAGUUUGGUACUCUGCACAUGGAGUUUGUCCACCUCACUUACCUAACCGGAAACCCAGCUUACUACCAAAAGGUGAUGCACAUACGCAAGCUGCUGGCCAAGAUGGACCGGCCCAACGGCCUCUACCCUAACUAUCUGAACCCUCGCACUGGACGCUGGGGCCAACAUCACACGUCUGUGGGCGGACUGGGAGACAGUUUCUAUGAGUACCUGCUAAAGGCUUGGCUCAUGUCCGACAAAACUGACACCGAGGCGCGAAAGACCUAUGACGACGCCAUCGAGGCCAUCGAGCGGCACCUUAUCCGUAAGUCUAACAGCGGCCUCACCUUCAUCGGCGAGUGGAAGAACGGGCACCUGGAGAGGAAGAUGGGUCACCUGACGUGCUUCGCAGGGGGCAUGUUUGCCCUGGGUGCCGACGGCUCGCCCGACGACAAGGCCGGACACUACCUGCAGCUGGGGGCCGAAAUCGCACACACCUGCCACGAGUCCUACGACCGCACAGUGCUGAAGCUGGGGCCGGAGGCCUUCAAGUUUGACAGCGGUCUGGAGGCAGUGGCCGUGCGGCAGAAUGAGAAGUACUACAUCCUGCGGCCCGAGGUCAUCGAGACCUACUGGUACAUGUGGAGGUUCACCCACGACCCCAAGUACCGCCAGUGGGGCUGGGAGGCAGCGCAGGCCAUUGAUAAGUACUGCCGUGUCAGCGGAGGCUUCUCCGGGGUCAAGGACGUCUACUCGUCCAACCCCACCUACGACGACGUCCAGCAGAGCUUCUUCCUGGCCGAGACGCUCAAGUACCUGUAUCUGUUGUUCUCCAGUGAUGACCUCCUGCCUCUGGAGAGCUGGGUGUUCAACACCGAGGCCCACCCCCUGCCCGUGCUGCACAUGGCCAACAUCACGCUCCCCGGCAGCGAGCCCCAGCGAUAGAGAUUCAUCCUCCAACACACACACUCCUCCAACACACACACACACAUAUCACUCCAUUCAGCCAGCCCCCCCUCCUGCCCAGACUCUCUGUUCCUCUCUUCCUCUUCUCUCUCUCGCUCUCUCUCUCUCCCUCUCCCUCUCCCUCCCCCGAAUCAAAGACUGCCUAGAGAUGGAGAGGACGGAGGAGAGGUUGUUCACCUCGUGACGUUGUUCCCCUGCGGCGAGAGACUGUGAAAGCAAAGCUACAGAAGGAAGAAUAGAAGAAAGGGAGGAGGGGGGGGGGGGGGGCUGGUUUACCAUGGAAGGUCCUCUCUCGUUCUUUCUCUCUCUCUGUCGUUCUCUCUUCACAUGUCUGUCACCUACCCAUCGGAAGGACAGCGGGAUUCUCUGCUGCUUGGUGAUUGGCUGUGUGUGGCUCUAUCCGCUCAUGACUGGCGGGCCGUGAGCCAAUGAUAUGGUCGCCCCCCUCCCUCACAGAGCCAGACAUUUUUGUACACCUGACAAAAUACAACCCCCCCCCCCCCCAAUACCCUAUGGACAUGCACAGGGGGCCAAAGGUGUGUGUGAUAUAGUGUGCGUGUGAUAUUGUUUGUGUGUGUGUGUGAGAGAGAGAGAGAGAGAAAGGUAUAGUGUGUGUCUGUGGAGUAUAGUGUGUAUUGUAGUGUGUGUGUGUGUUAACGUGAUGCGUUUGCUGCAGUUCCACUCAGAUGGACAGGCACUGCUCUGAAAGAACAGACGUGUUUCCUGAGGACAGGAGCCAAAUGGAAUGCUGGGGUGCUUCUUUUUAGCCCCCCACAGUGUGUGUGUCAGAUUGGUGUGUGUCGGAUUUGCCUCUCACUCACUCGUCGCUUCUGUGCUGUGGCCCCGUGGAUGCAAAGCUCUCUCUUUGAUCACCCUCCUAAAAACUCCACACUUCAAGUUGACCUGGCGCACUUGUGAACUUUGACCCCUGGACGAGGCCGUCAGGUUUGGUCAGCCGGUUUUGAAACACACAAACAUGCACAGGCGACCUCCAGGACUCUCUGACGUGGAUGGAGGCUAUGGACCAGAGACGUGGCGGGGAUGGAUCAUUUACUGUCCUCUCUUUUUUCACUUUGUUUAUGUUUUUGUUUGUUGUUUAUAAUCAGAGUUCCUCCAGAUUUUGGCAGCCUCUUUAUCUCUUCGUUCAUUCUCUCUUUAUCACUCUCUCUUUCGAUCUCUCUCUCUCCCUCUCUCUUCUUCUCUCU